CCCUUCGUAAUUUCAAGAUGGCGGCGUCCGUGCGCCUGUGCAGUGUCCUCCGGUUCACAAUUGGAGGUGCAGCAUCACGCCAUACUGUAGGGAGUGCUGUCCAGAUGUCUCACUUGGCGAGCCGAGCCACAGCUGCCUCUUUGCAGAGGCAACCCUCAUUUCCACCAGUCCCACUAACAUCAUGGCAGCAGAGCAGAUGUAGCAGCUUCUUCAACAAGUUGACGGCAGACCAACUAUGGAAAGGUGUGUUAGCAGAAACUGGUGCCGGCAGGAAGGGCAGAGGGAAACGAACAAAACGAACACUGAAGAAAGACUUGAACCGAGGACAGUAUAUUGGGGAAGGCCGUGAAGGAUUUCUGUGGCCCGGACUUAAUUUUCCUGUACUGAAGGAUGGUGCCGUGCAGAACAUUAGCAGAAGAAGUGACGCUGAUCAAGAGCAAGUCAAAGCUGAACUCUUCCGUCAGAGAGACGAGUGGUUGAAAAAGAGGAAGACGAAGUUGAAAAAAGAGAGAGGUUGGACCGGAAACUCUUGGGGGGGCGUCAGCUUGGGCCCGCCCGACCCUGGUCCCAAUGGAGAAAGCAACGCGGACUUCGAUUCUCGAGUCAUUGAGUUAAAGAAUGUAUUCUGCAUGAAUGCCAAAGAGGGCAGGAAGAAGACCGUCAGCUGUUUGGUUGCCGUAGGAAACGGCAAAGGAGCUGCAGGCUUUGCUUUGGGUAAAGCAUCAGAUAGAAUGGCAGCUAUGAGGAAGGCCAAGAACCGAGCCGUCCGAUAUUUGUACUACGUAGAGCGUUACAAUGAUCACACAGUUUUUCAUGACUUUGAUUCCAAGUUCCAGACGACAACGCUGCGUGUUAAGAAAAAAAACGAGGGUUAUGGUCUGUGCUGCCACCGGGUGAUCAUCACCUUGUGCAAGCUGAUUGGCAUAAAGGACUUGUACUGCAAAGUGGAGGGAAAGACGAAUCUCCUCAACAUCACUCGGGCCUUCUUUGCUGGAUUGACCAAUCAGGAAACGUUUCAGAAGCUGGCUGACAGGCAGCAGCUCCAUGUUGUGGAGUUCAAUUCAAACCAAGGCCCGCUGCCCAUUGUGGUGGCAAGUCCUAAAGACGGAGUGCGUACCAACCCAGAGCCCUUGGAUGAGCUCACCGACACCAAGCUGCACUGGGACGAUGUUCGAGCCAAGCAGGGAUCUAAAACCUCCGUAUGGGAUGGUGUGAAACGCACCGUCUGGUAGAUCAGAGAACAGAACUGAAGACCGUCUGAAACCAGGAAUGAAAAGAUGAAAGUGCAGGAUUUUUUUAUAUUUUUUUUUGUCUAACAGUAUAUCCAUUUUCAUAUACAGUGGAUAUUAUCUGUCAGAAUGAUUUGCUAACUGAAAACUAAAGGUAAUAAAUGUUUGAGUAUAAAUUCAUCUCAUUUGACAACAGGCACAAUCUUUAAAGGUCAAUCAAUAAUCACUGAAAAACCUCUGAAAACUUCCUGCUCUGUUAUCAAGU